UCCUUAAUACUUUUGUACUUAAAUGUUCGGCACAUGUUAAUCUCGCGAUCUGAAUAACAAAACACAACAACAUAUGCUACACAUUCACAUUUCAUACGUAAAAAAAACAAAUCUAUCUAAUUUCGUUAAUUCAGCACAGAUUAGUUAGCUAGCUGUUGAAUUAGACCGCUCCACUUGCACGCUGUUUGAAGCUCGUUGAAUUGACUCCAUUCCUUCUAUAUAUAUAGCCACCCAAGAAGCCUUCAUUCCACUGCAACAAAACCUUUCGAUUCAGAUAUGAAGUCCCUUCUUCAGAUACUCUUCCUUUUGGCUAUGCUAAUGGCUUUGGUCAUUGCUGAUUCAGAAACAGUACACAAAAAAGAAUCAGCAUUCCUGACCACCAUCAAAAGCCAGAACUCUACUGUUACCCCAUCUUCUGAAAGUGAAGAAUUAGCGUCUCUCCGUGGAGCCAAAAGCCUCAAUGGCCAUAAAACUGUGCAUGGGGCCAUGACUUGUGGUAAAUACCCUAGAGUUUGUCGCACUAAGGGCAGCGAAGGACCUGACUGUUGCAAGAAGAAAUGUGUGAAUGUGUCAACGGACAGAAAUAACUGUGGCAUGUGUGGAAAAAAGUGCAAGUACUCGCAAGUGUGUUGCAAAGGUAAAUGUGUCAAUCCUAUGGUUGACAAGCACCAUUGUGGAAAAUGCGGCAACAAGUGCACCAAAGGGGAUUCCUGCGUUUUUGGUUUGUGUAGCUAUGCGUGAAUGAAUCGUAGGGGGCAUCCACUUCUAAUGAAGGACAAUAUUCAAUUAAUUACUUUUCAUUAAUGGUUCAAAAAAUAUAAUCUAUUAUUUGUACGUGACUGAAUAAACUCACGAAAGUGAUCAUUUUAGGAUUAUAUAGAUGACCUUUGCUGC